CGCUAAAUGGAAAUCUGAUUACGUACUUCCGGGUAUAAAUGUAUCUUCCACUGUGUCUAAGGGUCUUAACUUUACAUUUAAGUUCUUUUAAAAAGUUAUUAUAUAGUCUAAUAAAGAUGUGUUCUUACAAAAAUCGUUCAUUUACUUUAAAUAAAAUUAAUUGGAUUUGUUAAAUGUUAUUUUUACACGAUGUAGCAGGACUUGACCCGGAAGUAGUUGUUGUUGCUAACGCUACGACCACGGUGUCCGUUCAAGCAUGUGUCAAUAAGUAGUAAUGCAAUAGUACGGUUGUUAUAGCUUUAAAUGUACCGUGAUGUCUGCACUGUGCCGACCCAUUCUAGUCAGCCUUCUCUCCGGAACUCGACCAGGGUUGCUCCUGGUUAGAACAUCUGAAUUCAAACAGAGAAACGAGCCUUUGAGCUCCAUGAGCGGCGGAAACUCAGUCGCUCCUCCGGCUCAGAGGACAAAUACAAUGAUGCCAACGCUUAAUGUCACAGGUAGUUCUGACUCUCAUCCUCGGUUCUUGUCAUCCUCAAGUCCGAAGUCAGAAUUUCGAGUCAAGAGAGUUUCUAUUGAAGGCAACAUAGCUGUUGGAAAGUCAACCUUUGCCAAACUUCUCCAGACUGCUUGUUCAGACUGGGAAGUUGUGGCAGAACCAGUUAGCAAGUGGCAAAAUAUUAAAAGUGGGUCUUCAAAGGAAACACAUGGGAGUCCACAGACAACAGUUAGCAACCUGCUGCAGAUGAUGUACAAGGAACCUCAGCGCUGGUCAUACACCUUUCAGACAUUUUCCUGCAUGAGUCGGUUUAGGACGCAGCUGCAGCCUCCUCCUGCUCACCUGCUCAACUCAGAGGGGACACCUGUCCAGGUGUAUGAGCGCUCCAUUUACAGUGACAGAUACAUCUUUGCUUUAAACAUGUUUGAGCUGGGUUGCAUCAACGAUACUGAGUGGGCUGUCUAUCAGGACUGGCACUCUCUUCUGGUGGAGCGAUUUGGACACCAGGUGGAGCUGGAGGGCAUCAUUUACCUAAGGGCCUCUCCUGAGAAAUGUAUGGAGCGUUUGAAGUUCCGGGGAAGAUCAGAGGAGAAGGAAGUGGAGCUGGACUACCUGGAGAAGCUGCACAUUCAGCAUGAGAAGUGGCUUGUAGAGAAAAGCGCCGAGAUACACUUUGAAAAAUUAAAAAACGUUCCUGUCCUUCAACUUGACGGCAGUGCAGAGUUCUUGACUGAUCCAGAAGUUAGGAAGCAGUUUAUUUCACAGGUGAAGAACUUCUUCAAUGCUUUAUAAGGUGAUGACCUACUGCACCCUUUAACUGCGAGAAUCUUACAGACUUCAAAUCCAAACUGACUUUCAAAUGUAUUCAGUUGAACAACUGAAUAAAUACAAAAAUAACCGUGUUUUCAUGUCUUGCUGUUUUCUCUGGAUGACCAAUUUAUGUAAAAAUUGAGAUUUUCUACAUUUUUUAUGGUUGUUUUUUGUAUUUAUAUAUAUUUGCUUCACUUAUGGUAACUUAUUACCACUACUGCCCAUUUUGUAGCUGUGAUUCAUUUAGAAGUUUUUUUUUUCCACUUAACAUUGAUAAUAAGCUACAUUUAUACUAUGAACAGCUGUAAGUAAAGUUUUCUUAAAGCUGUAGUUUUUGAAAUGUAUGUUUUUUUAUAUUUUCUGAAUGUCAGACAUCAACAAAUAUGGGUCUAAAUAAUCCUUGUAUAUUCACUAAAUAAAUAUUUGUGUAACAAUCUGGA